AACAUGGAUAGAGCACAGCCUCUCGCCCACACCCGGAGACAUGAUACAUUUUCUCGCUCACUCUCUCUCUUGUGAAGUGCGCGAGAGCAGCAGCAACAGUAUAUACCCUCUCGCUCACGCUCGCGACACCGCUCAUUCUCUCACUUGCUCUCUCGCUAGAUGUAGAGGCACAACGCUUCAAAGCUGUAGCAGUGAUGACGUAUGCCGUCUCGCUCACUCUCAUCAUACCGAUCCUUUAGUGAGCAGUCCUCUCUCUCGCUCUACCGUAAGACGCGAUGCUUUAUACAGAACUGUCGGAAUUACACAUACGGAUGCAGCCUCUUGAUGCCUCUAAACAAAUCCCCCUCAAUAUAUAUUCUUUAUUAUAUGCUAUUUUGCGACUUCAGCCGAUUCACUUAUGAAGAGCGUAUCUCCGAGGGCUAAAGACACAGCUCGGUCUUCGGGAGAAGAUGCUAUACAGAAGAUGGAGCAAUAUGCUCGGAAAUAUGCUUGCAGGGCUAAACAAAGCUGUCUCACUCGUGCGCGUGCUUUUUCACGCAAACACCGGGGACCAUGCAGAGUACUGUUAAACUUCAGCGACUGCUCCUUUGCUGUCUUGAAAAAAGUAUCGCUAGCAUUUUAAUCAUGAUUCACACCUAUCUUCUCGCUCGAGAUAUGACAGUAGCGAUUCAGCCGUCAUAUAGAACGGUAUUUAACGAUCACCCCUUACAAUGUCGGAUGAAUCAGUGCGUUCUUGUAUUUUGGGUCUUUUACGUCUAACAAAACCGCAUAGCGCUCAGCUGAGACGCCGGUGUAACGACCUAUGGUGUUACGAGUUGCUGCGUUUAUCGGGUGCUCGACUCGUGAACAGACUUAAAUACGUGAUCUGGUGGGCCCCUUUACGUGCUCUAGUGGUGGCCUAUAACAGAGGCAUAUUAAGUGGUCGUCGAGUGCUGGAUGCUGUGUAUGACGAGUUACAGCGCCGCGGUGUUUUAGAAGCCCCCCGCGUAAGAGGCCUUGUCGGUGAAAUCAGAUGCUAUCGGCAGUUUUACGAUGCGGGGAGUGACGAAGAAGAGGCUCUCGCUGAGGCGACGAGAGCUGUGGAGGAAACGGAUCUAGAGCGUCAAACAGCCCUCUACCAACCGUUGCACGAGGAGGGGGCAGGGGAAGAACCUAGAGCGAGCACCUCGGCAGCCCCGGCCGAGACGAUACCGCAGCAUUUUACCAUAUAUCGGCCGUUUUACGACGCUGUGAGUGACGAAGAAGAAGAGGCUCUCGCUGAGACGACGAGAGCUGCGGAGGAAGCGGAUCUAGAGCAUCAAACCGCCCUCUACCAACCGCAGCAUGAGGAGAGGCCCGAGGAAGAGCCUAGAGCGAGCACCUCGGCAGCCUCGGCCGAGCCGGUACCGCUGCAGCCCGAAUUUGAUGACGACGAGGCGUCGACUAUUCUCAACCCCUCCUUGAUGUUUAGCGAUCGGUCUGAUAUACUGGCUGUGUACCGGCACACCAGAGCUAACGAUGACGACGGAGCGAUAGCGGGUCCAUCGUAUCACCACCAUCGUCAGCAGGAAGAUGAUGACCUCGUACAACCCGAGAAUCAGCUGGGGGUGUAUCCGCUGGACGCUCAACAGACGGAGGAGGAGGAGCGUCUAAACGAGGAGCGAUUAGAAGCUAGACGCUUCGGCCUAUGGUUUCAAGAGCUGAUGGAGUGUGAUUCAGGGUACUCGUCAGCUGACUCGUCUCGUUAUUGGCGUACCGCGAUUAGUACGAGGUACACUAAAGUUACAAUAUGCCUUUUUAUCAGCGAUCUCUACCCUAUAACUUACGCUUUUGUUUGA